UUUUUCAGACCAUGUGUCCAACUUAUAAUUAUUUACGUACGUCUUAGUCAUGACACAUCAUUUUUCGUUGCAUUUACGAGAGAUUCGUAUCAUAUUGUUGAUAAAUUAUCGAGCGUUUUGUUAAAUAUUUAUAACGUUGAUAAUUACAACUGUUUCAUAUAAAAGACUAAUUUUAUUCUACAUUAGAUAUAUCUGCAUUUAAAUUUAAUUAUAUAUGUACAUACAUGCGAUAUACACGCGUGUAUUAUAAAUAAAUCAGCUGAUGUAUAACUAAUAUGUAAAUAAUGACUCUAUGCAAUUGUAACUGGACAACUUUAAAGCAUGUCUUACUACUAACUUAUUGUCAUGGAUGUCACGAUGCCAGGUUUCAGUUGAAACAUCUCUUUAACGGGUAUUUAUUUUAUGAGUCUUGCCUGUGAUUCUUCGUUCAAAUUAGAAAAUUGCCGUACUAUAUUUUAGUGAGUGUAUAUAGCAAUCGAUGGAAAUAGCUAACUAGGUCUAUGUCUAACCGACUCCCGUAAGUGUAAUUGUCUAUGAAACGAAAUGUAAAGAAUGUAAAUGUAUUAGAAAUUCAUACAAAAUUACCAUUAUUGCUACUAUAUGAAUAUCGAUUGUGAAAAUUGUUAAAGGAAAGCGUAAUUUUAGAAAAUAUGAUUAGGGGCAUUAGGUUUGUGACAUCAUCGAGAUAAUUACCAGAAAUUGAUGAGAAUUGUUGAAUCAUAUGUAUGAUACAUUACAUUCUAUUUCUUAUAUAAUACGUGCAACAUGUAUUUAUGUUAACUAUUACUUUAGAAGUUCUAUAUAACAUGAAACACAGCUUCCUUUUUAAUACAAGUUCGUACACCUAGGUAGAGUAAAGUAAGGCGUUCAACGAUACGAACGUAGAAAUUGUUUUAUAUCAUUAUUCGUCAUAAAGUGUGAUUCUUCCUUGAAAGUAACGUACAAGACAAUCAAGCAUAAUGUUAUUAGCUACGUGGUUAAUAUCAGAUAUUUUGGCUAUUUCAAGCGUUAUAAUUGCCGGAUGGUACAUCUAUUACAAACUACAUAUCUUUAAAUUUUGGCAGAAAAGAGGAGUAUUUUAUGUCGAACCUACCUUCCCUACUGGUAAUAUAAUGCCAAUUGUAAUUGGCAAACGAUCACAAGCCGAGUUUUUUGGAGAUAUUUAUCAUCGAUAUAAACAGCAUCCUCUUGUUGGUAUAUAUAUGCUUCACAAACCAUUUUUGAUUAUAAACGAUCUUGAUUUAAUUCGAGACGUACUGGCGAAACAGUUUACGAAUUUCCACGAUCGUGGGUUUUUUUGUAACGAAAAAACGGAUCCGCUGUCCGGACAUUUAUUUCAAUUACCUGGAAAAAAGUGGAGAAAUUUGAGAGUAAAAUUGACACCAACUUUUACUGCGGGGAAACUUAAACAGAUGUUUCCGAUUAUGAAAGACAUUGGAAAUACCUUAGCGACAUAUUUGGAAGAAAAGGCACAGACAAGAUCGACGAUCGACGUAAAAGACGUAUUUUCGAGAUAUGCCGUCGACAUUAUCAUGUCAGCAGCAUUUGGAAUAACGUGCGAUAGCUUGGAGAAUCCGGACAACGAAUUUCGCUAUUGGGGAAAGAAGAUAUUUGAUCCGAAGCCUCUUUGGAACGCUCUUAUCGUAUGGGCCCCGCAGGUUUUUGAUUUCUUUUCCAUACCAUAUACCGACAAAGAUGUCACAAACUUUUUUAUAAACGUGUUUAAAGAAACUGUGGAAUACAGAGAAUCGAAUAACAUCGAGCGAAAAGAUUUUUUGAAUUUAUUGAUGCAGUUAAUGAGAAAUGGAUAUGUGGAAGCAGACGAUAACUCGGAAGCAGCAACUCUUGCAAAAAAUAAAUUGACAAUGACGGAGGCUGCUGCACAAGCUUUCGUCUUCUACUUGGCUGGUUUUGAAACAUCUUCGACUACAGUUACAUUCUGCCUGUAUGAAUUAGCGAUGCAUCAAGAUAUACAGAACAAAGUACGCGAAGAAAUUCAAACACAGCUGGAGAAGCACGGUGGUGAUCUGACAUACGAUGCUGUGAACGAAAUGACUUAUCUCCAUAAAGUGAUCUCUGAAACAUUACGGAAAUAUCCUCCGGUUACUGUCCUAAACCGUAUCUGCACAAACGAAACGACGAUGGAGGGAACAAAAUUUGUCAUACCUAAAGGAAUUGCUGUGACAAUACCCGUUUUUGGUAUUCACCGAGAUGCCAACAUAUACCCAAACCCGGAUAAAUUUGAUCCAGAACGAUUUUCCGAAGAAAAUAUAAAGACUAGACAUCCCUAUGCGUAUUUACCAUUUGGCGAAGGACCAAGAAUAUGUAUUGGAUUAAGAUUUGGCCUUAUACAAACAAAGGUUGCUGUAAUAAAUGCUUUGUUAAAAAAUAAAAUGACAUUCGCACCAGACACACCAACUACUUUGGAUUAUGAACCGGGAUCUCUUAUAUUAAUACCAAAGGGUGGUGUACACUUGACCAUCGAGCCAUUAAAGUGACUGCAUCGUUAAGAAUAUUAACAAUAACGACGUAUUUAUGUUACACGGUUACAAGUAAUUUUUACACACUUUCUACGGAUUAUUUUUUAUAGAAAAAAUUCUGCAGUCGUCGAAAAAUAAAAUUAUACGAAAUAU